UUGGUUAUUUCUGCACACGGAAAUGAAACUUUGAAUAGCUACUUUAGAUGUUCAAGUUUACCUAAUUAAUAAAUAUACAGUAAUGUUAAUUUCCAGAGGGGGUGUAUAUAUAAAAAAGUUUCGACAUUGAUCUGGUUUCCAUGGCAGCCAAUGUGUAGGCAGGGGUGUUUUGAUUGGAACGCAUUCCAAAGUCAUCCCUGCGAGGAAAUCAAUAAUAACAUAAAUAAUAAUUGUAAUGGCUCCCGGAUUGAAUGUAAAUGUUGCGAAACAGGCGGAAUUAUUGAAGCAAGAAGGCAAUUCUUAUUUCAAGAAGGAGCGCUUAGGCGCGGCUAUUGAGGCUUAUACACAGGCGAUAACUCUGUGCCCAAAUGUACCCGCUUAUUGGACAAAUAGAGCACUUUGUCACAGGAAACGCGAUGAUUGGGAGAAAGUGGAAGCUGAUUGCAGAAAAGCUCUAGAGCUGGACAAUAGUUCUGUUAAGGCUUAUUACAUGUUAGGACUUGCAUUGCUUCAACAUAAGCAUUAUGCGGGGGGAGUUAAGCAACUUCAAAAGGCAUUGGAUCUUGGGAGAGGUGCAAACCCAUCGAGUUAUAUGGUGGAAGAAAUCUGGCAGGAACUUGCAAAAGCAAGAUAUUUAGAAUGGGAGUCUGCUUCAUCCAUUCGUUUGAAAAAGCAGCAAGAGUUAAGGAUGAUUUGUGAAAGGACUUUGCAGCAAGAACAUGAGAGCACCAUUAUACAUAGCAGUCAAUCUAAUGGGAGCAUAAAAAACACGAAUGAUGGUGAUUUAGAAUCAAUUAAUUUGGAAGGAGAAUUCAUAUCUCGUCAAAAUUCAUCAAAUUUAGAUUUAGAGAAAGUUUACAAGGAACAUUGUGAUAUCCUUUCUGAUGUAUUUAACAAAGCAGCAGAGGCAGACAUUCCUACCGAGGUACCUGAGUACCUGUGUUGCAAAAUUACAUUGGACAUCUUUCGUGAUCCAGUUAUCACUCCUAGUGGGGUUACGUAUGAAAGGGCAGUUAUUUUGGAACAUAUCCAAAAGGUUGGGAAAUUUGACCCAAUUACACGGGAGCCACUCCAAGCUUCACAAUUGGUACCAAAUUUUGCUAUUAAAGAAGCUGUUCAAGCCUACUUGGACAAUCAUGGUUGGGCUUACAAAACGACAUGAAACUGGACCUCUCAAGAAAUGGUAUCAGAUGUAAUAAAUUAUGUGAUCUUGGGCCUAUGGUGUCAAGUUCUUCGAAUGCAAUCGGUAUGUUCAGGCUCUAGGUUCACAACUUAACACAACUGUUUUGGUGAUAAGAGAUUGUACAUAAAUGUCCACCUUUUCCUGUGAGUUUUAUUUGAGGGCUUCUUGCUCAAAUAGGAAAUUCUAUGAUCUACAACACUUACAUUGACAACAACUAAGGGAGAUACAUUGAGAACACUUACAUAUUAUUGUUGGUGUUUGGAGAGUUAAGAUUCUUCAUAGAAAGCCAUCCCAGGAUUCUCUCAAUGCAUGUUAGUUCGUUGAGUGUUGGAUGGUUACUAUUUUACAUCUCAUUCUGUGUAUAAUGCCAAGUUUUUGAGCUGUUAAAUUUGUUGAUUUUAGAUCUAUAAGAAACUGACCUCUGUUCA